CGCGGCCGGCGCGCACUCCUUUUCGUGUCCUUCCACCGCGGCCGGGCGGCGUCCGGCGGCUCACCGGGGGCGGCGACGCGGCGGCGGCGGCGCGGGCGAUGAGGUGAGGGCGCCCGGGCGGCGGCGGCGGCGGCAGCGCGCGGCGCCUCGAGCCGGGACUCGGGGACCCGAGGCCGGGGGCGGCCGGUGAGGAGAUUGCGCCGGGCCGACCGGGAGCUCCGUGGAGAGACUCGAUGCGCCUGGCGCCGGUCGGCUGUGGGCAUGAAGUGGCUGGGCGAAUCCAAGAACAUGGUGCUGAAUGGCAGGAGGACUGCAGGUAAUGGUAAUUCAGGACUCGAAGGACAGAGUCGAUAUGUACCAUCUUCUGGAAUGUCCGCCAAGGAACUCUGUGAAAACGAUGACCUAGCGACCAGUUUGGUUCUUGACCCCUAUUUAGGUUUUCAAACGCACAAAAUGAAUACUAGCGUCUUUCCUUCAAGAAGCUCAAGACAUUUUUCGAAAUCCGACGGUUUUCCUCACAACAACCCUGUGAGGUUUCGGCCUAGCAGAGGACGGCAGGAGGAACUGAAGGAAGUCAUUGAGCGUUUCAAGAAGGACGAGCACUUGGAGAAAGCUUUCAAGUGCUUGACCUCGGGUGAAUGGGCGCGCCACUAUUUUCUCAACAAGAGCAAGAUGCAGGAGAAACUGUUCAAGGAGCACGUAUUUAUUUACUUGCGAAUGUUUGCCACUGACAGCGGAUUUGAAAUCUUGCCUUGUAAUAGAUACUCGUCAGAACAGAAUGGAGCCAAAAUAGUUGCAACGAAAGAGUGGAAACGAAAUGACAAAAUAGAAUUACUGGUGGGUUGUAUUGCCGAACUUUCAGAGAUUGAGGAGAACAUGCUGCUUAGACACGGAGAAAACGACUUCAGCGUCAUGUACUCCACAAGGAAGAACUGCGCUCAGCUCUGGCUCGGCCCCGCCGCCUUCAUAAACCACGAUUGCAGACCUAACUGUAAGUUUGUUUCGACUGGCCGAGAUACAGCGUGUGUGAAGGCUCUGAGAGACAUUGAACCCGGAGAAGAGAUUUCUUGUUAUUACGGAGACGGGUUUUUUGGGGAAAAUAACGAGUACUGCGAGUGUUACACCUGUGAAAGACGGGGAACUGGUGCUUUUAAAUCCAGAGUGGGACUGCCUGCGCCUGCUCCUGUUAUCAACAGCAAAUACGGACUCCGAGAAACAGAUAAACGCUUAAACAGGCUCAAAAAGUUAGGUGACAGCAGCAAGAAUUCAGACAGUCAGUCUGUCAGCUCUAACACCGAUGCGGAUACCACUCAGGAAAAAAACAAUGCAACUUCUAACCGAAAAGCUUCCGUCGGCGUCAGAAAGAACAGCAAGAGUAGAACGUCGUCGAGGCGGUCCAUAUCAAGAAUUCCGGCUUCUCCCAAUUCUACCUCACCUAAGCUAGCUCAUCUACGUAAUUCCAGGGUACCAAAGAAACUGAAAAAGCCUGCGAAGCCUUUGCUCUCAAAGGUAAAACUGAGAAAUCAUUGCAAACGACUGGAGCAAAAGAGUGCUUCCAGAAAGCUCGAAAUGGGAAACCUAGUCCUCAAGGAGCCUAAAAUAGUUCUGUAUAAAAAUCUACCCCUCAAAAAGGACAAGGAGCCAGAGGGGCUGGUGCCCGCCACGGCGUCGACUGGGUGCCUGACCAGACAUGCCGCCAGGGAGCACAGGCAGCACUCGGGGAGAGGGGCCUCGCUGCUGCCGGGGGCCUCUCCCUGCACCUAUGGCACCAGGCGCUCCGCGAGGACAAGGACAGGCGCCAAGGAGACCUCUGACGCCAGGCUUGAACCAGAUCCGCUGGACGGCUGUCGGGACGGCCCGAGGGACCCUUGCCCCGACAGCAGCGAGCAGCCAGCCCCCGAGAGGGAGAGGGAGAGGCGGGAGGCAGAGCCGGCUCAGGAAGCCGCGCCCCCGGGGGAGGCCAACAGCAGCAGCAGCGGCGCGGCGACGAAGAAAAAGCCGCGGUCGGGGAAGCCCGCAAAAGCCUUCGCGAGAGCAGAGGACCCCACGGCGGGGCAGGAGUCUCCUGGGAGGGCCUGCGGGGUGCCCGACGGGACCAGGACCGGGACCCACUCGGCCCCUGCUGAGCACAGCGGCACCGAGGUGCCCGGAGGCUACACAGACUGGACUCCUUCCCCCGUGGGGGAUUCGGUCGUGACGUCCGAGGGCUUCAGAACUGCCAGAAGUAAGAAGAAGCGGCGGAUCACGCGCUACGACGCCCAGCUGAUCCUGGAGAACAGCUCGGGGAUCCCCAAGCUGACCCUGCGCCGGCGGCACGACAGCAGCAGCAGGACGGCCGAGCAGGAGGGCGACGGCGUCAACUCGUCCAAGAUCAGCAUCAAGCUGAGCAAGGACCACGAGAAGGACAGCAACCUGUACGUGGCGAAGCUCAACAACGGCUUCAGCUCGGGGCCCGGCGGCGGUGGUGGCGGCGGUGGCGGCGGCGGCAGCAGCUCCACGAAGCUGAAGAUCCAGCUGAAGCGCGACGAGGAGAGCCGGGGCUCCUACUCCGAGGCGCUGCGCGAGAACGGCGUGUGCUGCGGCGACCCCCUGUCCCUCCUGGGCUCCCAGAUGCAGGUGGACGACUACGGCCAGUACGAGGAGGAGAGCACGGACGAAUCCUCGUCCUCGGAGGGGGACGAGGAGGACGACAACUACGACGAGGACUUCGAGGACGACUUCAUCCCCCUCCCGCCGGCCAAGCGCCUGCGGCUCAUAGUGGGAAAGGACUCCAUCGACAUCGACAUCUCCUCCCGGAGGCGGGAAGACCAGUCGCUGAGGCUCAACGCCUAGUGAGCGUGGGCCUGGCCCGACCGGCCCGGGGGGACUGCUCUGGGGACACAGCACCCCGGCCCACGCUCGCCCCGGGCCCCAGUGACAGCACUUGGCGUCUGCGCCCUUGAGCAAAGUCCUGUAGACCGAGUACCGCCGGCUGGCCCUUCUGAAGUCUGAUCCUGCAGAUCUUUGCUGUGCAGAUCUUCAGCCACCUUCUUCCUUGCGAUGCUGAGGUAGCGGUCGAGCCUGGCGUAAAGGCAGGGCCCGAGCAGAGCAGCACUGGGCAGCGCCGGCAGCUCACGCACGCAGGAUGCUUAUUCCGUGUGUGGCUCUCCAGUCUCCUUCCCUCAGCUUCUCGGAGCGGCUGUGACAGCGGGCUCUGGAACACACAACUGAGCAACCAUUUCAGACCGAGCGUAGGAGCAGCCCGCUGCGGUUUCCAGCUCGUGCUGACGUCACCAGCAAUGACCUUCGGCUUUUUGAGCUAACUGCUAGACGUUUCCCCCUCGGAUUCUGCCGGUUUCACACCGUCUGCUGGCCCAGGUGGACUGUUUCUGGCCUUGGCUAACAAGCAGAGCGGCGGCUGGGAGUCAGAUCGGUUCUUUGCCAAGCAGACCAGCACAAGUACAGUGACUGGCGCGAGAGCUCACUCCAGCCUGCGCCCCAGGGCGGCAGUGGGCCGGAGAGUCCGUACGGCGGCGUAUUUAUUGCUUGUCAUGUAAAUUACAGACCUUGUAUUUAACACUUUUCAAUCCUUUUAGAUAAAAUUGUUCUUUGCAAGAAUGAUUGGUGCUUAUUUUUUCAAAACUUUGCUGUGAACAAUGUGACGACAAGAAGCAACGUGUGUCUGAUGAACUCGAGCACUCUGCGUUUGGGUCAAGUCUUCUGUUGCACUUGUAAAAUGCUACAGGAAUAUUAAAAACGAUUCACUUUAACUUAUAAUAGUUUAUGAAAUAAACACAUGAGUCACAGCUUUUGUUCUGUGGUGACCUAUAAAAUGUUUGUCUAUGGAAUUCAGUGUAAAGAACUGAAAACAAUGUAUUAUAUGUUGUAAAUAUUUGUGUGUUGUGAGAGAUUUUUGUCAUAAGAAAUUAAAAGAACUUACCAGGAAGGAGUUUUAAGUUUAGAAAUAUUCAUGCCAAUAAAAUAGGAAUUAUAAAUAUCUAGUUUUGAGCACUGCAUCAGUGGGAGUUCUUGGUUUAUGUUAGUUUAGGGAAAUAUCAAAGGUUGUUUUUUUUUUUUUGCUAUUAUCAGUUAAACAAAAAGAGGAGUCAGAUUUUUUUUUUUGAAGCACUUUUGAGAAGAGAAAUUAAGUAACUUAAUGAGCAAAAUUUUUUUAUUACUACUUUAUGUCCAGUACUAAUCUUUCACUUCUCUGGCUUAUUUUGCAAAUUUAUUUUGGACAGAGACUCGGGUCUGGGGAACAGAAACCUGUAGCAGGUGUUUCCGAGAAAGGUGCAUGUGGUUCCCGAUUCCCAGUGUUCCGAAGUCAAAUCCACUUAGGGUUUCAUGUGGCCUCUCUAGACAGGGAGCCAGGGUCUGAGAACCUUAAAAGGAGCGGCCUGUAACAGCACACAGCCCCAAGGACAGAGCCCCCACACCCAGACUCCCUGCUGUUGAUCCAAGUUCCAAAAAGUGCCCCCGGCCCAGGGUUCGAAUUCUCUUCACCAUUGUCAUAGUCCUACAGAGUCAGAGUCUCGUCCUUGUUUGUUGGGGUGCAGGUGAAUCCCUCAGGGACGAGUGGGGCCAGGGCCACCUUCUUGCAGGCAUCACACGACCUCACAUGACCCCUUUGCUCCUUCUAGAUUUCUCCACCUGGACCCGUAGGGUGGCCUUGGGGGCACCGGCGCGCUUUGCAGACACGGCUGUUCCUCAGUGUCCCGUGUCCCUGAGUAGGAGCAGUGAGACCCACGCCCCGAGGAAAGGAAGGCAGAGGGCCCUGGGUCCCCCCCUGGUGUCCCUCCCUCGUGUCCUGGGGGUGCCGUGAAAGAGGUUCAGAGCCAACACUGAGCAGACAGUGUUUCAUGGAAUACUAACAAGUAGCUAUUUCAGGGACUUCAGGCUUUUUCCUUUUUAAGGAAAAGUGAGCGAGACACCCCAGCCCUGCUUUUCUCCACUGUUCAAUUACUUUAACUUAUUUCUGACUUUUGUCAAGACCUUCCCACGGCCUGCCCUCAGCGGGCACGCACAAGCGCCCAGCAGCCUCCGGCGCCUUCCAGGGAAUCCUCAUUUCCGUUUUCAAGUUUGGGGGACCCCUGCCCCACUGCAGAACUUGACGGUGACUGCUUGGCAAAGCUGGUGUCAGUAAAGCCCCCGUUGAGCUUCUGCAGUGAUGGGUCAAGAACUCGGCACUGUAAGAAUUAGGAGACGAGCUUAGAGGUCUAUGUCGAGUAUUCAGUUUUCAAAUUGCUGUUGUCAAUUGUUUUUGCUGAGUUGUGAUACUUUUGAGAUACAAUGUAUUCCUUGUACUGAAAAGAAUGAAAAAAAAAAAGGACUUUUUCAGCAUUUGAGGUAAGUUCUUUAAUGUUUCAUUAAAAAAAAACAUUUUUUACAAAUAUUUUGUACAUGCACUUGCAGUAUUGAGGUUAAUCAUUUUAAUAAAUUCGGAAAUUAAAACAA